AGACGCCACAACACCAUCUGUUUAUGUUCAGUACUGAGAACCUGAGCGAUGAGAGUCGGCACGAGCGUCGGCACGAGCUUCGUGUCAGUUAUUUUAAAAACCGUAGUUUUGUGUUUUUGAAUCAGCGUGCGCGAGACCGACCGUUAUUCCUCAGUAUAUCUAACCAGCCUGUAUUCUGCCUUGAAGUCAUACUAAAAGUAUUCGCACCCCUGUCUUUGUUAGCAGGUGGCUUUGUUUGCUAGCGUAGUGUGUAUUGUAGGUUUUUAGUCCUAAUUUGCAUGUAUAUAUUUUUUGCUCGAACCGCUGGAGCUAACGAACCGGUUCCGAGUCUUUUGGAACGAACCGAAUCGUUUGUGGAAAAAACCGUUAUCAGGGAUUUAUGCAGCGCUGAUGAUGAAGAUGCAGCUGGCGAUGAAGCUGAGGUCGAAGCUAAGGCUGACCGUGUGACUGUGUAGUGGUCAUAGCUGGAGAGCCAGAAUCCUCACUCACACACCUAGACACACACACACGCACAUAUACACACACCGUGCCCAUGUUUUCUCCCGAGCAGGAGAACAUCUCCACCUCCUCCUCCACCAAAGUGCCAAUUAAAUACGGAGAACUCAUCGUACUCGGGUACAAUGGCUCUCUCCCAAAUGGAGACCGUGGGAGGCGGAAGAGCCGCUUUUCUCUUUUCAAGCGUCCCAAAGCAAACGGAGUAAAACCCAGCACUGUCCACAUAGCCUGCACACCACAAGCAGCCAAGGCCAUCAGUAACAAGGACCAGCACAGUAUCUCCUACACUCUCUCCCGAGCUCAGACCGUGGUGGUGGAGUACAAUCACGACAGCAAUACAGACAUGUUCCAGAUUGGGCGAUCCACAGAAAGUCCAAUAGAUUUUGUGGUGACGGACACCAUCCCCGGCAGUCAGAGUAACUCCGACACACAGACCGUACAAAGCACCAUCUCACGCUUCGCCUGCCGCAUCAUAUGCCAGCGAACCCCACCCUAUAUGGCCCGCAUCUACGCCGCCGGCUUCGACUCCUCCAAAAACAUUUUCCUAGGGGAGAAGGCAGCAAAAUGGAGAACGUCAGACGGACAGAUGGACGGCUUAACGACGAAUGGCGUGUUGGUGAUGCACCCACGUAAUGGCUUCACCGAAGACUCCAAACCCGGCGUAUGGAGGGAGAUCUCAGUGUGUGGCAACGUCUUUACACUCCGGGAAACGCGAUCCUCACAGCAGCGCGGCAAAAUGGUGGAGAGUGAAACGCAUGAGCUUUCAGACGGUGCUCUGAUUGACCUGUGUGGUGCUACGAUGCUGUGGCGCACCGCCGAGGGUCUUCGGCGCGCGCCUACUCUCAAACACCUGGAGGCGCUUCGGCAGGAGUUGAACGCAGCGCGGCCACAAUGUCCCGUGGGCCUCAACACACUGGCGUUUCCGAGCAUGCGUCGGUGCCAGGGUGCCGUGGCUGAGAAGCAGCCCUGGGCAUACCUACAGUGCGGCCACGUGCACGGAUACCACGACUGGGGCGAGCGAGGCGGGGCAGGGGGUGGAACUGAACGGGAGUGCCCGAUGUGCCGUGCCCGGGGGCCCUAUGUACCGCUAUGGCUGGGCUGCGAAGCAGGGCUUUACGUUGACGCCGCUCCUCCCACUCAUGCCUUCAGCCCAUGCGGACACGUGUGCUCAGAGAAGACGGCUGCUUUCUGGAGCCAAAUCCCACUUCCACACGGCACACACACCUUCCAUGCUGCAUGCCCCUUCUGCGCCCAGCAGCUCAGCACCGGCCACAGCCACGUGCGACUCAUCUUCCAGGGGCCCGUCGACUGACCUUUGACCUUUUCUAGCCCAUCCAGAAAGGGCCUCCUCAGCCCCGUGCACUCCUCAGUCCUUUUUUUCAUAAAAGCUGUUAACUGAACUUUAGUAAAGUCACACAACGUAUCUUUCUCUUUAAACCUUUCAAUCUUUUUAGACCUUCUGCCACGCAAAAUGGAGAGCCACGUUCCCUCUCCCACAUGACAUCACUCUAUUCAUUUCUCUUUCCCUGUACAAGACCACAUACUUCUGUGCUAAAUAAUCUGUCUGAAUAGUACACCUGUGACGAUUUCCCUAUUCUAUGGAGGUGUACUAUUUGGGCGUGGUGCAGAAUUUAGCAGCGUAGCAUGUGGCUUUUCUUGACUCGGACUGUUUUUUAUUUCCUCUGCUUUAUAAGUGACCUUUUUGUAGUGAAUUUUUCUUAAUCCUUAAGACAAACAGAGAGUUAUAUAUUUUCAAUUGAAACUAAAAAUGACCUGAACGAAGGUUAAAAAAAAAAAGCGAAAGAGAAAGAAUUAAAGAAAGAAAAAAACUGGGCGUUUUUCAUACAAACGGAAGUGUGAGUUGCCACAGGAAGUGCCCGGGUGUGAUUGUGGAGUGAUCUGGGAGGGUUUGAGGAGCUACAGUAAUAUAUUAGUGUUUCUUUGCUAAUAUGCUAAUGGUAAAAAAAACAAAAUAAAAAAAAAAACAUUCUACUCAA